UAACUUUACUGAGGCGCUGGAAUCACUUAAAAAGUCGGACGGAAGGGUGUUCAUCGCAAAUAUGGACGAAAACAACGCUAGAAUUCUACAACAGCAAGCCUCACAUGUUUGGACGGGGUAUAAUUUUCUAUCGUCAUGGAUCUUCAAAGGUUUCAUGUUAACAGGAGAUACUGGGGCUAUGGGUGACGUUUACUCCAUAUUUCUGGAGCCAGAAAACAACCAGAUUAUGACCAAUACGCUUCAACAUAUUUUGAAUGAUAUACGAUACAAGAAUAGUAUAAUUACGGCGAUUAAAAUGAUUCGUACCGCUUAUACUAGAAUUUUGCGUCGAUACAAUGAAAUGGAAAGAAAAUAUUUUUUUUGGAAUUUAACUAACAAAAUACGGAAGCAACUAUCAUCAGGCGCCAAAGUAAAUGUCCAUUUGAAAAGCCCGCGAGAAGUUUUUACCGAAAUGACCAUUAUGGAUGGUAAAGUGACCACCCACUAUAAGAGACAGCGUCGGCGUGAAGAUAUGACUAGUUGCUCUUUUAGAAGAACUGAUUACCACAACCCGUGCGAUGACCAUACACUUCUGAACAUAAUGAUAGUUUUCGUUGUGAUCGCUUCGUGUGGUCUGGUGGCGACCAUUUUCUACUACAGGUUUGAUUUUAACAUACGGCGGUAGAUAAACCUUGAAUAAUAAAGGCUCCGUCAAGCCUCGCCAGACAGAGCGUGGCUAGGUGUGAUAUGCACUUCGAGUGGUGACCGCGUGCUCUGGACAUACUGGUUCCUUUAAUGAUAUCUCCCCAAAACUUGAUAAAGAAGUCUGAGAAAUUGGCUUUUACUAAAAUG